UCUCUGCUAGCGAGCUAAAUACCUGCUCAGCUCAGUCAUGAGAAAGGAGUGUUUUUCGGGGCGAAACGGCAUCAGGACAAGCGGGCAUGACGACCGAAGUCAACGCCGCUGUUUGUGUACGGUGGAAUAACACGAGCUGACUCUGUUCACGGCUGUUGUUGACUCCAGUCCAAUCAGAAUUAUUUGAAGCUAGGUAGCCACUAGCCAGUUAGCAUAAUUGGCUAAAGGACUGUGCCCGGGUCGGUCUGCUAACAGCUGCGGUAGGUUAGGCGGCUGCUGCUUCAGGUAGCUCGUCAGCGUUGGCAAUCUGUGUGUUAGAAGUGACAAAGGGUCGGUAAGCUGGCGAGGUAGCCAAUGAUGAAUCGCUUCCGAAAGUGGCUUUAUAAGCCAAAGAGGUCGGACCCCCAGCUACUGGCCCAGUUCUAUUAUGCAGAUGAGGAACUGAACCAGGUAGCCUCAGAGCUGGACAGUCUAGAUGGCAGAAAGGACCCUCAGCGAUGCACACUACUGGUCAACCAGUUCCGCUCCUGCCAGGAUAAUGUGCUGAAUAUCAUAAACCAGAUCAUGGAUGAGUGCAUACCAGAAGAUCGAGCAAACAGAGACUUCUGUGUGAAAUUCCCAGAGGAGAUCCGUCAUGACAACCUUGCGGGACAGCUGUGGUUUGGGGCUGAGUGCCUGGCAGCAGGCUCGAUCAUCAUGAACCGGGAGAUCGAGAGCAUGGCAAUGCGGCCACUGGCCAAAGAUCUGACGCGCAGUCUGGAGGAGGUGCGCAACAUCACACGCGACCAAGCGCUGCGAGACCUCAACUUCUACACAGAGCGGAUGAAGGAGGCUCUGCGCCAGUUUGACAGCCUUUUUGCUGAGUUUGAGCUCAGUUACGUGUCAGCCAUGGUGCCUGUGAAGUCUCCUAAAGAGUACUACAUUCAACAAGAAGUGAUCGUGCUCUUUUGUGAGACUGUAGAGAGGGCCUUGAAGCUUGGCUAUCUCACUCAAGACAUGAUUGAUGACUAUGAACCUGCUCUCAUGUUUACAAUACCUCGACUAGCCAUUGUAUGUGGACUUGUGGUGUAUCCUGAAGGACCUCUUAACUUGGACAACAAACCAGAGGAUAUGUCUGAACUCUUCCGACCUUUUCGCACUUUACUGAAGAAAAUAAGGGAUCUGCUGCAAACUCUGACGGAAGACGAACUGAUAACACUGGAGCGGAGUUUGUGCAUCUCCCAGGAUGGUGAGUUUCCCGUAGGCCCAGAUGUCUCCUCCACCCAGGAGCCAGCCACCUCCAACAGCAUCGAAAGCCAGGCAGAGGAUCUCCAGAAGAGUGAGGAGCGGAAAGAGAUGGAGAAAGCAGUUGACCUAUCUUUGUGUACCUCCCAGCAUGAGGAGAUGGACAGUGUUUGGGACGAAAGUGAGGGUCAGCAGGAUGUCCCAAGUGAGGGAGAGGAUGAUGCAGACACAGACCUGGCCUGUUCCAUGCAGUACGAUGAAGAGGAGAUUGAGCAGCUCAAUAUGAUGGUGCACCGGGUAGGUGACCAGAUGUCUACACUGCUCUCCCCUCCAAGCCAGAAGCAGUCUCCGGCCCACCAGCCACGGGCAUAUAGGCCCAGCCUGCCAGGGUCCAGUGCACCCUCCAGCACUGAGAACUCCCCUCACCGAGCCCCUGGCACCUUUCAGGAAGAAGAUGAGCGGGUUUUCUUCAUGGAUGAUCUGGAAGGGGUAAGCGGUGGGGUAGGUGUUGUGACCACUGCAGAUGAAGUCCGUCAGGGACAGCGAGCCAGCCCCACCAUAUGUACUAGGCCCACUCCUUCAGCUGACUCCACAUGUAAUGGUUGGAUGACGGUUUGUCAAAAUGAUCCCAUCAAUCGGAGCAACCAAGAUACACACAGUCUCUCCUCCGGAACCGUGGCAACAUCAGACACGUUACCGCUGGUGAAUGGCUGGGAGGGGCCACAAGACGAAGACGGGGUGGAAACGGCAUCAGUGAUCGCUCAUCGGACGGGUGGUAUGAAGCUGUCUGCCACCGUCAUCUUUAACCCCCGGUCACCCAGUCUGUCUGACCUCAGUGUGGUCUUGCCUCGCUCAGCUGAGGGAUCCACAGCAGCACAGGGCAGCGCUCUGGUCGCGACCCACUGCCUGCUGAACUCUUGCGUUUGCUGCACUGCUGGCUGCGUCGAUGGCCAUGAUGAUCCUGUUGCUACAGAGACUGCAGGAGCAGGAGGGGCUCUGGGCUUUGACAAAUGUAAGCUCACUAUUACCAGCUCCGUCAUUCAUUCAGCGGUGGGGGUUGGCAGUGCAGGGAAAGGAGAUGCCCCUCUGCCUCUGCCCCCUCCUCCUGUCCCACAUGAGGGAGUGAGGGGGGAGGAUGAAGAGCAGGAGGGAGCAGUCUUUUCCCAGUCCCCAUGCUGUGAGAAGUGCCUUGGCAGCAGCUCGAGUGCCACACUGUCCCAGGAUAGAGACUUGGGGGACCUGGGAGAUAGUUGCACCCAUCAGGACAGAGCCUGCAAGGGGAUGAUCAGCACUGCAGCAAAGGAGAUACAGGAGAAACAGUCCAAAGAAGAGAACAAAAAGAGCUCUAGUUUACAGGAGUCCCCUCUCAGUUCAGGCACCAGCAGUGACUGUGAGAGUGUGUCUGUCACCACUUGCACUCUGUCCAGUGUGUACACUCCGAGCUCGGUCAGUAGUCUGACCACCAGCUCAGAGAUAUCGGAGGAUCUUGAUCACCAGGAGAUCCAGCUGGCCCUGCAGGCUGCCAAACUGGCAUCCCAUAACAAAAUACGCUCACGUUUCCAUAGCAGUAGUGACCUCAUCCAUCGCCUGUUUGUCUGCAUAUCAGGUGUGGCUGAUCAAUUGCAAACAAACUAUGCAAGUGACUUGCGGAGCAUCCUGAAGACACUCUUUGAGGUCAUGGCAACAAAAUCUGAGGAAGGGGACAACGAGAAGCAGAAGAAAGGGCCCAGUCUGGGAAGUGGUGGAUUGGAAGAUUGUGCUCUCUGCCAAGAGACUAUCUCCUCAUCAGAGCUCGCAGCCAAAGCACGGGAUGGACAGUUUGAAGACCCUCCUGAUUGGGUUCCAGAUGAGGUCUGUAACUCUUGCAUUGCCUGCAAGGCUCCAUUCACAGUCAUCCGGAGGAAGCACCACUGUAGGAGCUGUGGGAAGAUAUUUUGCUCUCGCUGCUCUUCGCACUCAGCCCCAUUGCCCCGAUACGGUCAGAUGAAACCUGUGAGAGUGUGCACUCACUGCUACAUGUUCCACGUCACGCCUUUCUACAGUGACAGGACUGGUGUCUGACAGUAACCCUCCCCUGCCCCACCUUAGCACCAUCACCCAUAGACAUAAGCACAUUACCACGCCAAGAGUUGGGAUUGAUUAGGGAGAGCUGCACA